AUGCACGGCGAAACCGGCCUUGACGGCCCCCAGCUGUCGCUUGUCCACCGUAUGCGUGAAUUCAAUCUCACGCUGGUGUUUGUCAUGCUGUACAUGGGAAGUUGCGCCUUCAACUUCGGAUACGACGUCGGUAAUUUUGGAGCCGUUCAGGGCAUGCAGAGCUUUGGGAAAAGAUUUGGUGAAUGCAAUGACACCACGGGGACUUGCGCUCUGCCAGCCUGGUUAUCGUCACUCAUGACAUCGCUCCCAUUCUUGGGAAAGGCCAUGGGAGCCAUAGCCUGCGGUCCCAUUGCUGAAAGAUUUGGUCGCAAGACAGCCGUCCUCGUGCUUGCUAUACUGUCAUUCAUUGGUGUCCUGCUCCAGACCACAGCGACAACGGCGGCUCAGUUCACAAUUGGACGAUUCAUCAGUUUUGCCAUGACUGGGAUGACCAUCGUCGUGGUCCCAAUCUACCAAGGCGAGGUUGCGCCCAGGUCCUUGCGAGGUAUGAUGGGUUCGACUCUCCAGCUGAUGAUCACUGCUGGCCAACUGGUGGCUGCUCUGGUCACAUAUGGAACAAAAGGCAUCUCGUCAAAUGCAGCCUGGCAAAUCCCCGUCGGCCUUCAAUUUAUUGCGCCGUCAAUAAUUGUUGUACUUCUACCACUUGUCCCUGAGUCACCCAGAUGGUUAGCGCUUCUAUCCCGCGACCGAGUCGAGGAUGCCAAAAAGUCACUGUUCAAACUUCGAAAAGGCGCCGAUAGAGCCGACGUCGAUCUCGAAAUCGAGGCUCUUCGCCAUGCUCGGUCUGUGGAAGAUAAAGGAAACUGGUCGGAAGUAUUCAACAAAGACAACAGAAGGCGAACAUGGGUCGCCAUCCUCGUCAUGUUCGGACAACAGAUUACAGGUCAAGCAUUCUCCAGCCAGUAUUCUGUCAUCUUCUAUCAGUCACAGGGUUUCAAGAGUGAAGCUUUCCUCUUCAACAUCCUGGCGAAUGUCUCGGGACUCGUCUGUUUGAUCAUCACUUGGCUCAUUGUCGACCAGGUAGGCCGAAGACCCAUGCUAAUGGUCGGUGGACUCGGUAUGGCCAUCUUCUUGUUCAUUGUGGGAGGCAUCGGAGUCGUGAAUGAUCCUACCGCCAGUCAAAAGAACACCCUGGUUGCCGCUUUCAUCCUGUUUACUUGUGCCUACAACGUAUCCUGGGCGCCAUGCUCCUACGUUGUUGUCAGUGAAGCAGCGUCUUCUCGAGUCAAGGAAAAGACCAAUCUCAUUGCCUGCGUCAUCUCCAUCUCCACGACCUUUUUGACCUCGUUUACCCUGCCGUAUCUGCUCAAGGCCCCUUAUGCCGCUCUGGGUGCCAAAGUGGGAUUCCUUUACGGCUCCAUCUGCUGCGCGAUGGUGGUAUUGGCUUAUCUGUUCGUCCCAGAGCUGAAGGGGCGCAGUCUCGAAGAGGUCGACCAGCUUUUCGCAUCAGGGGUUUCCCUCCGAAAAUUUGGGAAGGUUGAGACAUUUACAGUAGAGCAGAUUCAGGUAUCUGCAGAGAAGACCCCACAAGGAACUGCUGUGGCUGAGCACGUUUGA